GUCGUUUACAUAUCGGUAUAACUAAAUUUAAAAACUGAUACUUAUAUAAAUCGCGUCGGUCGUUAAAAAAAAUAACACAUAAAAAAACAACAUAUAUGAAGGAGUGGGUUACAAAUAAACAUAUUAAUUAAAUGUAGAAAAGUUGUUUCACAUUUGAAUAUUAAUAUGGGCUUGCCAUUGCUCUGCGACUGAAAAUUAAAUCGAUAACCAGAGAAUGUCACUCUCUGAAAAAAGAUAUCAAUUAGCAGCUCAUAAACGCAACAUAACAGAUCAAAAAUUAAGUUAUUACAAUCAAACAGCAAAAUAUUUUGAACGUGAAAGUCAAAAAGCUAAACAAUUCAACACUUGGAACGUUGAAGUUAAAUCAAUUCGCUGGGAUAAUAUUAAAAAAACCGAAACACUCAACUCAAGACGUAAUAAACUAAAAGUGCUCUUAAAGAGUGAAGACGAAGAAUAUAAACGUGAGUGUGAUAAAUUAAAAUCGCAUAAAAUAAAAACAAAAGACGAAAUAUCAUUGGAAGUACUUAAAGAUAAAUUAAAAGAAAAACGAGCUGAACUAAGUUUGUACAAUCCAAAUACUCAUCGUCGAUUAAAAUCAUAUUUUACUGAUCCCGUUGAAACAGAACGUUACGAUUCAAAAGAAUUAACCGAGCCAAUAACACGUAAUUUAUCUCGAUUAAGUUUUGAUAAUAAUUAUUAUUUAAACAAAAGAAUAUCAAAUUCUCCAUUUAAUAAUAAUUAUAAUUAUAAAAGAAAAUCAGCUAUGGAGUUUUCAAAUGAACAAAAUGAACAAAAUGAAAAAGCAUUUGAUGAAAGAGCUGUUGCAUUUAAUGAAAAUCGUACAAAAUCAUUAUCAGAUCAUAUGGACUAUGAAAAUUUUGGUAAAAGUGUAAAUUUUAUACCUGAUAGAAAAUAUACUGAACGUUACGCGCAUAGAAGUCUCGCAAAUACAAAUGUAUUUGACACUGCGGGACACUCAAAUGACUCAUAUGAAAAACAAAACAAUCACGACGAAACAUCAGUAAUGGAUACUUCAAAUGAAAAUUUAAAUGGUAAAAAUAUUGCUAACGAAAGUUCUGGAGAUGAUGUAAUUGAUUUUAAUUCAACAAAUAAAACAGUUAAUCAAGAAGAAUUUGGUGAUUUUGAAGGACUUAUUAAUUCAAGUAAAAAAGUUGAUGAUACAUUUGAAGAACAAGAUAAAAUGAUGUCAGAUUAUUCGGUUAAAGAAGAGACGACAAUUGACAAUUCAUCAGACAUGAUGGUAUUGUAUCUUACUCACAAUGAUUUAAAAACAAAAAUAAAUGAUCUUGAGGUCCGAGAACAUCGUGCUUGUAUGAAACAUCUUUGGGAAGAAACUUUACGUUUGAGAGAUAUGCGCAAUCGCUUGGAACUUUUGAGAGAAAAAAAAAUUUAUCAGCGAGAUGAUUUGCAAAUUGAUGAAGCAAAUAAACAAGUGGCGUUAAAGAAUAUCGAGAGACGUAGUAUUCAACUUAAAGAACGUGAAGAUACUUGCGCUGAUUCAAACAUGUACAGUGAAGAUGCAAAGCGUAUUUGGAACAAAUGGGUCGAGGAAGAUAAAAAUUCACCAAUUACUGAAGGAGACCAUUUGAGAGAGUCUCUGAUGAAACAAUUGGAGGAUGAGUGGCAUAGAUUAUCUGAAAGCGACCAGAAACUUAUUUCUCAAACUUACGCUGAUGUUAUGAGUAAUGCGUCAUUGCAAAAAGAAUUAGAAAUGCUGGCUAAAAAAGGAUUUCAUUAAACAUUUUUUUUUGUUCACGUUCUUAUUCUUGUUCAUUAAUGCGUUCAGUUCCGUAUUAUCAGUGGCUUCGGUAACUUUUUUUAAUUCCCUGAUAAUAACAUUUGACUAAUUAGUAUUUAUUUAAUCAAGUCGUUUUAAAGACUUUUUUUUUCGUUGAUAAAUAGUCAACAAAUUAUCUGAUAACAAUUAAAAAAAAACGACUAUUAACGUUUAACAAAGAAAAAUUAAUUAAUAUUUUUUGAUGCCGAAAAUUCUGCAUCAGUUGAGUUUAAAAAAUAGUAAAUCUUAUUUCCUUUACUGUUAAAAUAAAAAUUUAUUUUUUAUUACAGUUUUAGGAAAUUGAAUUUACAUUAUUGAUAUAAUCAAAGUGCUAAAACUAUUAAAAUUAAAAAAUAAUACUCAAAUAUUUUAUAAAAUUUAUUAUGACUAAAAAACAAAGUAACCUCAGCAUUAAUUCUAAUGUCCAAAUGCUACAAUUAGCUCAUUCAUUUUUUUACAAUGCUUUCAUAAUUAAAAAUAUGUAUUCGACCAUUUUUUUUUUAUGCAAUAGAAUUAGUUUCAAAAACUAUUGAAACAAUUAAAUAUAAAUUAUAGGAGUGUAUCCGUCCUGCUUGGUAAUGCUUUUGUAUCCUUAAAAAAUAGUUUUAAAAAUUUAUAACGACUAAUAUGUAACAAUUAUUAUACAAAAUUGAAUAUUGAAUACUAGUAUCUUUGUAUUUUAAUAUUUAUUUAUUUUUUUUUAUUUAUUAUUUAAAUCAAAAUAAAUCACGAGAAAAUAAUUAGAUGUAGAUAAGCAACAACGUCACAGCUCAUGAUAAAUUAAUUUCUAAGGUUUUUGUAUUGAAUUAUUCCUUAGUGACUAAACUAUUUUUUUCUAGUAGUUAAGCGAAAAAAAAAAGUUUUUCAAUUUUUUAAAAAUGAUUACACAA